AGGAGCACCAUCUCGAAUAUCAUGCGGGAAUCGAUUCGGUGGGGUUGCUAGAGCUCCAGACCAUUAUCAAGAAGAGGCUAUGCACAAACGCUCGUCACUAGUUCACUCCGACACUAAGACUUGCUUGUAUCUCUCAUUUCGAGACCAUCCCAGAUUUGAUAACAAUACUCAAGUAAAUAGACUAAAUUAGAUAAACAUAGUCUGCAGCUUAUAGCCAAACACUUUUAUACGAAGUGAUACGAAGUUCGAGACGCCACAUCCAAUAACCGAUUUCGUACAAUCUUGCAACGCUCACUCGGUUCUAGAUUGUAUGUGCAAGGUAAAGCUGUAUCUAAAGUACAAUACAUACCAUGAAUGAAGUCUACCAUACAGAUAUGAACACAUUCGUGCAGACUAAUAAUGAUCGUGGAGGAACAUGUUUCCUCCCACCACAAACAUCAAUAAGGCAAUGGAUACUCCAAAGCGAAGAAUUGCAAGUGGUAGGAGCUGCAAGUGCGGAUACUCAACAACACUUUCAACUACAGCAGAAGCGAGUACGUUUCGAUCCAGGCCCUGAUCAUGUACAUGAAACAUACGAGAAAUACACACAUUAUUUUAGUGAGUAUGAUCGUCGACCCUUCGCUAAACGUUCACAAAAGACUCCGAAACAAAUACGAGAUAUCUUCGAAGAAAUUGAAGAACUACGUAGAGAGUUGUUUAUGGGCCAGACUAGCUUCCCUGUUCUCACUGAAGCUGAGAUAGAAACGGAGAUAGAUACGGAGGACUCUAGUUCUAGUAUGGAUGGACUGACCAUGCACGUGAAUGCUAAUGCACAAAGAGAAGUGCAUGCAAUAGCACAAGCGGUUACACACGCACAUGUACAUGUGGAUAUGGAUGUGCAAAGUAGCGUGAAUCAGGACCAGAUGGGAGAGGACAAUCUGAGCGGCAGUGAGAGUGACGGCCUCAGCGGCUGCGUUUCAGAGCAGGAAGAUGAACUGCUAGAUUCCAAAUUUGGAGGCAACCAAUUGAGACGGUUUACCUAUGCGUCUAACGCUAGUGUAGCGUCGACGCCAAAAGAGUUGUCCAGUACCUACACGAGCGAACAGUCAGCUCCUCAGCGGCAGCAGUCUCGCAAGUAUGUAGAUCACGCACGUGCUAUCAGCACACAUGUUCCGCACACGCGUGCACGGACACAGGACACUCUACAGAUGCAGAUGCGUAAGCGCUCUAUAUCCAAUCGUGCCUUGCUGGUAUGCGACAGCGUGACUAAUCUCAGACGAUUCAAUAGCGUAGGCCACACCACCAGAUAUGAUAAUGUGUUUGGUGUGACCCCCAAUGUUAAUACACAUUGUAUGGACCAAGAAACGAGCACGCAGCAUGAGAAUCAGAGUGUGCAGAAUCAAUCUCCGAGUCUAGGCAGUGUACACAUGGCACAGUGCAUGCGUCAAUCAUCUGAAACAAACUGCACUCUAAGCGGUAAGAAAGUGUAUAGCAGCAAUCAUGCCUACGAUAUAAAUAGACGCGUAGAUCAUGCAGAAGCCCCGAGCUUUCGUUGGAGGAAGCAGAGUGGAUUCAGUGGUGACAUUGCAUACAUGGAUCUCCGGGAACAUGUGCGCUUACCGCAACAAACUCUAAUAUCAGAGACACUAGAGAGUGAGACCAACAGUCAAGCGUCCCUAGCUGAGAUGCUCGCUCAGAAUGUAGAUACAGAUAUGGAUACGAGUAGGGGAUAUGGAAAGGAUCUGAGAAUACAAAGAGAUAUGUGGGGCCGUACAAUAGUCCAUCCAGUUUUCUUAGACAAGGAAGUGGAGAGUGGUAUUGACACCGAUAAUAGUAUGGGCAGAUCAGAUAGUAGAAACGUUAGUUGCUCACCCAGCGAAUCCAUGCGAUCAGGUUCGGAUACAGACAUGUAGGUCGAUAUUUAUUAAAAGUGUACACAUGCAGCUAUACAGCUGAGUCCCACAGCC